GUUUGGGAGCACAAAUGGCGGAGGCCUGUAUUUCAGUUGUUCAAGAAGAGUUUUGCUGUGCAAUCUGUCUGGAUCUACUGAAGGAUCCAGUGACUAUCAACUGUGGACACAGUUUCUGUAUGGUGUGUAUUAAUGAUUACUGGGAUCAGGGUGAUCAGAGGGGAGUCUACAGCUGUCCACAGUGCAGAGAGACUUUCUCUCCAAGACCUGUUCUACACAGGAACAACAUGCUGGCUGAAGUGGUGGAGAAACUGAAGAAGACUGAACUCCACCCUGCUUCUCCUGCUCACUGUUACGCCAGACCUGGAGAUGUGGAGUGUGAUUUCUGCACUGGGAGAAAACGCAAAGCCAUAAAAUCUUGUUUGGUGUGUGUGGCUUCCCUUUGUGAAACUCAUCUUAAACCUCAUCUUGAACUUCCAGUAUUGAAAAGACACAAACUGACCAAAGCCUCCAGACAACUACAAGAGAUGAUCUGCUCCCGGCAUGAUAAACUGAUUGAGCUCUACUGUCGAACUGACCAGUGCUACAUUUGUUAUUUAUGUGCAACAGAUGGACACAAUGGACACGACACAGUGGCAGCUGCCGCAGAAAGAACUGAGAAAGAGAAAGAGCUAAAAGAGGUGCAGAGGAAAUCCCAGCAGAGAAUCCAGGAGAAAGAGAAGAAGGUCCAGGAGCUGAAGCAAGCUGUAAACACUCUUAAGCAUUCUGCACAGGCAGCAGUGGAGGACAGUGAAAUAAUAUUUGCCGAAAUGUUUAAGGAAAAGUGCUCUGAGCUGAGAGAGCUGAUCAGAGCUCAGGCGAAAGCUGAACUGAGUCGAGCCAAAGGACUCCUGGAGAAACUAGAGCAGGAGAUUUCUGAUCUUAAGAGGAAAGACACUAAGCUGGAGCAGCUCUCUCACACUGAGGAUCAUAUUAAUUUCAUUCAGAGUUUCCAGUCUCUUUGUGUCUAUGCUGAAACUGACAACUCAUCCAGCAUCACUAUCGGUCUCUCAUUUGAUGGAGUGAGGAAAUGUCUUACUAGUCUAAAGAACCAUCUAGAUGAAUAUUGCAACGAGGAAUUUAACAAAAUCAUCACACAUGGAGAUGAGAGCGUUGAACUCCAGGAUCCCGGGCACCAGACACAAGCGAUGCCGCAGCCACACCCAAACGUACAUCCCACCAUCAUAUGCGACGGCUGUAACAUGUUCCCAAUGAUCGGGCCCAGGUUUAAAUGUCUGGACUGCAAUGACUUCGACUUUUGUGAGAUUUGCUUCAUAAGCCACCAACACAACGUCCAACACACCUUUGAUAUAAUUAAUUAACCAGCUCUGUUUCACUGACCAGGCCAGAGUCAUAAAAGCAUCCACAUUGUAAAGCGGAACUUUGCAGAUUUGAAUGUUGAUUUUUGUAAUGCUGCGAGACCGGAUUGAGGACCAAACGCUGAACAGAGCGACAUUCCUGUGCAAAUCCAUAAUAAUAAUUCGUCAAUUAAUUCAAUCGCAAUUGGAUUUCAGUUGUAAUUCAUCACUAAUUAACACGAGGGCAUAAAAUGAAUGCUAACUAAUAUAUCAAGGAAUUACAAAACAGCAAGGCAAAGGAGAACAGAAACAAUCAACAUAGAACAAGUAGCCAAAACAGUGACCAACAAAACAGACUAUCAAUCUUAAUGCUACCUAACACAGGGUUUAAAUACAUAAGGUAAUGACAAGAUGAGAAACACCUGAAGACGUGGAGAUGAAAAUACUAGGGAGGGAGUCGUGACAAUUUAAUGUAGAUGUAGAUCCUCUAAUAUGAAGGUCAGUCUCAAGCAUUAAUAUGUGUUAUAAUUACAUAUAAAGAUAUAUUUUAAAGAUUUGUUACAAAACUUUUAUGCUAACAAUAUACACAAUAUCAAUAUUCCUCUCUCUUGGAUUCAGGUUUUGUGUUGGAGGGGCAGUGAGUGAAAUGAUGGAAAGCAAUAAACUGUUGAACAGUGACUUAAUUUAAAAAUAAGGAGUUUAUGAAUAAGUAUUGUAUGUUCUUAGCAUAUGGUAUAUUCUAAUAUAUUCUUUGUGCAACUUUAGAUAUUUAGUCUUUAAAAUGAUGGCCAGACCUACAAUUUCUAAAGAUCUGUCCAUUCUGCAUCUCUUUCAGUUAAGAACAAAAAUUAAUAAAAAUGAAAUUAGAUUUAAGAAUAAAAAUGAAAUUAGACUGCUGUUCUCUUAGUUGUAAAACAGUAGAGGCUAUAAUGUUGUACAUGCUGAAAAUGGUCUUUUUGUUGCUUUUUGUAUUAAGUGUAUUUUUACGAGUAACAAAAUAAAGUGGUAUAUCUCGGUAACAAUAUCAUUCAUGCAUCAGAAUACACUGAGACUUGAUUUACUCAAUAUAGUAAUCAAUUUAGACUUGAUUACUUCUCCAGUUGCACCACUGGGGAUCCUUCAUGCAGUAUAACCCAUCACAGUAACCAUAGUGAUCAUGUCUGAGAUCUAAUGCUCAUCCCAUCCACAACCUACCAGUCUCCUGUUAUGUGAUGCCUUUAUUGAUUUCCCUCUGCUGGCAACCCCUAGCAACACCAUCAGGGUCAAUGCACAUCAAUUGGGACUAAUGAUGUUUGUGGGCCUCUAAUAGUAAAUAGUGAACACCGUGACGUGAGGAGUGAGACACUGGCACAUUAAGUCAGCCAUUGUGAAUGCAGGGUCACAACCCAUGAACUUCUGCACGAUCUCUUCACUCUGCUGCUCUGAGUGCCUCCUGAAUUUGAACUUUCACUCUGGUGAUGUACGCAGUAAUACAAUCAUGCCUUCCAAAUAUGUGUUUAACCUAUAGAACUAUGUUUAGAAACAUAUGUGUGUAUAAUUGGACUUAUUUGACCUUUACUUGAUAGCCACUGUGAUAAAUGUUUCAGUUAACAUUGAUUGCCAAGUUAAGGAUGUAAAUAUGUGUUAUUAGAGGCACCAAGUGAGGUAACGCACAUACUCUUAAUUCACUU